UUCACAAGCUUCGGUUCUGCACCGCCUGCAACUUUAGUCCUUAUAAAAAUUCACAUUAAAUAUCCAGGAUGCCCAACAGAAAGAUGUUCAACAGGACUACCUCAGUCAGUCCGGGACAAUUGCAUUAUUAUCACACGGAUUUCUACUACUCGAUGCCGGAUCUGCAUAAAACCCGCAAAAUGCACGGAGUGAAGAGGGUGCUGAUCUUCUGCCUGAUGAUUGUGAUACUGCCGGCCAUACUUAUCAUUAUGCCACUGCAUCUGCGAAAGACAGUGUUUGCGGAUGUCGUCUAUCCCAUGGCGGAGUCGGAUAUUAUCGAGAUUCGGGCUGGGAUCUCGUCCAUCUUCUGCUCGAAACACACCCUGCGAAUGAACUCGAAUUUCAACGCAUUUCAACUUCGCAAUAAACCAGAGAUCGCGACGAGUCGCAAGCACAUCAGGCUGAAGAAGUCCAUGACCCUGCCGGACGAUACCCUGGAAUACUGGGGCUUCUUCCUGCUGAAAGGUGCCAAAGUGAAUGUAAAGUUCUGUUCCCGCUACGAUGGAUCACGUAUCUUGAUUGUCCACGGCCACAGGGAGCUAAAUCUCUGCGGCCUGACCGAUCACAAUAAGAACAAGCUGGGCGCCAAUUAUGCCAAGGGACAUGAACAGGUUCAGGUGUUCUUCGAAGACAAUGUGGAGAUCACGGAGGAGAAGAGCAAUCAGGAUGUUGUAAUGGAGCACGAGAAUCAUGGUGGCGAGGACUUGAGUGAGGAUGCCCCGCAGCCUCAGUUGAAUGUGUCACUGAAAGAAAACGUUUCGACACAGCCGAAAAUGUUUAGGAAGAAACUCAAGAAGGGCACAAUCCACCAUGAUGAUCACAAUUUGCACGCAGUAGCCACAGAUUUGCAGGGAUCACAUCAUACAGAACACAUUUUAAAUCAUCAUGAGCACAGCGCAAAUUCUCAGGGACAUCAUCAUAAUCACUCCUCGAAUGCAGCUCCUCAACAUCCUGAUCCCAGUUUGAAAACCACAACUGAUGAAACUAGUCACAGUUCCAAUCACUUACAAAACGAAGAUCAUAGAGAUCAGAAUUCUAGUGAAACUCAUGAAAGUUCUACCCAUCGACAACGCCUAAAGCGACACAAUGGAGGAGGAACCCAUAGACAUCAGAAGAGGCAGGAGCUCUACGAGAAACUCUAUAAAAGGACAAAAAGGGAGAAUGUCUACGAUAGAAAGCCCAUCCACGGCGGUAAUGCCAUGAACUUUACGGAAACCGAUGAAUCCAAUUCGGUGUCCAGCUUUGAGAAAGGACUCUUUGACUGUUUCGAAGGAAUGAUUCUGCUGACGGAGUUCUUCAAGCCCAACGAAGAGUGCUCCCAUCCGUUCAUAAUGGACAGUUCACCAAAUAAGAGUGCGAAAGUCUUGCAAAAUGUGAUCGAGGAUGGCUACUACUACUACAUAUUCUACAGUGACAAUGAUCACGUGCAAAACGAGUUGCAUGCCGUAUUCGAUAUCUACAAGCCGACGUAUCAGUACUCCAACAUGAGCGAAUCGCAGAGCUGUCUGAAUACCACGGACUGCACCUUUAAUAUCAGUUUCCUCUCGGACGAAAUCGUCGUGGUGGAGGUGCCCACGAGGGAUGGAAUUGAGCACGAAGCGGACGAUAUUACCAACUUGAUCUCCACCUGCCAUCCGCGCAGUGAGAUAUACGCCAUAUUCCCCAUCACGGUGCUGGUUUUGAUCCUGUGCUGCUCCUUCCUGUAGUCCUCUCAAAUCCAAUAAUAUUAAUAUAAUAUUGUGAUAUUUAUAGUGAGGUAACUACCGGGUGAUAUACUUGCAUGUGAGUGUGGUAACGUGAUGGCCGGCCCCAAAACGAGAGCUUUUCAAGUAGCCAUAAUAUAUCCCAUAUACCCAUAUCGAUUAUAUACACACACGGAAUGAACAGUCUGAACAAUUCGUUAUCAAUAUUCGUAGUUUGUAAUAUCAAUGUAGCCUAAGACGCAAGCAUUUCAAAGUCUACAAAUACUGGAUUAAAUUAGGAAUAUACGAAAAAAAAUUUAUAAAAUGUAUAUUGUGUACAAAUAAUUGUAGAUAAAGGUAUUUUUAAGCGAUAACUUUAGUAGGUACUUACUAAGAUU